UUUUGACGUAUUGAAAGACAUUAUAUGUACAACACGAAUAUAAUUUUGUUUUAUUAUUUUUUUAUGCGUAUGUUUUUUAAGGUUGAAUUCCUUUUGAUACCUUCACGUAAAACGGCUCAUUUAUUUGUGAAUUUGGACCACCGCGGUGCAUUCUGGGGAUGGGAAACGACUGCGUUAUUCUUCCGGUUUGAAAGGCGGCGUCCAUCGUCAACAUCGCAGUGUCUUCAAAUCUAUCAACACUUUUCAUAGGUCACUUGUCUGAGGGCCCAAGCGGUGAUGAAUAUCACACAAUGAGGUCACACAGCACGGAUUCCCGUCGGUGGCAAGCGAAAUGAUGAGAGUGCGGUCAAUGUUUGUGCAGAAUUAGCAGCUUGAUGUCCCACUACACCAGCCACAACAUUACAGCCACCUGCCACAUCUGCAACAUCACCUUCCGACAUUUGUCAACGCUCUCCUUACACUUGGACAAUGCACACUGUCCGCCGGUGUGCUGGAAGUGUUCUCGGUCUUUUAGUAACGUAUGGGACCUUAACAAACAUGCGGAAGAACACUGCUCGGCCUCAACGGACGAAAGGAGCGACCUAGCGUCAGACAUGGAGCUGGCGACGAGCCUGGAGAAGUCUGAAAACAGCGCAGACUACAAACCGGGAAGAUCCCUCGACUCUGAUGACGUGAGCACAGAUGAGUCAACAAGCAGUGCCACUGGUGAUGAUAUUGACUUUGACUUCAAAGCAGCUCAAGGUGAUCUCAGUGACGCAGAAUCCGAUGAGGACACAAACUCGAGUUCGACGGAGUCCGCGGAUUUUGCAGACCAUGCCAGUAGAGGCAAGUCCACCCUCCCUGCUAUCAAGGACUCCAUUUGCAAAGAAUGUGGCCGAGGCCCCUUCAGGUCCAUUAAGCUGCAUCUGCGCCACUGCACCAGCCUGUUGGGCAAAACAUUUCAAUGCUUUCGCUGCAAGAUGUUCUUUCCUAACGAGGCGGCUCUCAAUGAGCACCGCACUUUCUUGUACUCUUGUGACGUCUGCGGCCAGGUGUUCAGUAACUGGGACGCGCACCAUCAGCACCAGCCUCCCAACCGAGGCCGCUUGUGCUUGAUCUGCUUCUGCUCCGAAUCCAUGCCCAAAGCGUGUGCCAUAUGCAAAUCCUUCUUUGUCAAUGAAAAGUUCUUGUUGGCCCACGUCACCCGAGUUCACACGUCGGUGGUCAGCACUAAGUUGUGCAUCAUCAACAAACCGUUGGGCUUGACGGACAAUGAGGUGUCGAUGAAUGCGGUCACAAAGACUACUCCUAAGGUCGUCAUUAACACCAAACACAUCAUUGGACAUGGACAGCUCCCUGCGGACCACACAUAUUCUUUUUCUGAUGAGGCUGAGACAAGCCACCCUGACCCAUCAUGCUCAGCUUCACGACCCACAAUUCUGGCCUUGUUGGAAAAUCAAAGCCAGGAGUUGGCCUCGACAAAGCGCACAAAAACUCGCCGGUGUUCCAGGAUGCUGCGCACCUGCCGACAGUGCGGCACCAUCCUUCGGCAGCCCUAUCUAGCCAUUAGCCAUCGCUACCUCCACCGAGGCAGCCGCUCGCACCGGUGCCAAUGCGGCCGCGCCUUCAAGCACCGGCUGCACCUCCUGCGGCACCGUGUGCAGCAUGCUGAGGCCAAGAAUUAUAUCUGCGUCAACUGCGGGAACACCUUCACCGGAGCUAGACUCUUAGCCGAGCACCUGAAGGGAAAGACUAGGAAAAAGAAACAAUGCCAGGGAAGUUGCAGGAUGCCCCUUGCAUGCAGCUGUGGGCAUUUCUUUUAUCGGGCAUCUGCCUACAUAUGGCAUCAGAUUAAAAACAAUGUGAAAACCAGACAUUUUGAAAACAUCUGUAAAUGACAAUCCCUUAUACAAAAGUGUUAAUUAGCAAAAAGGAUGUCUUACACAUAAUUUCAAUCACACUGUUCAUUAAAAUGCUUAUUUAUGAUGAAACCCGUGUCAACAUCCCACACCUCUUUCAAUUCCAAGCAUAUUCGGAGCAGUUUUAAAGACGUGCAAAUUCCAAUUUAUUUUGACAACAGCAGAAUACAAGAAAUGUCACUGAUUUCAGCAAUAUACACAUACAAAAAAGAAAAUCUCCAGUUUAUCCUCCCCAUCGAGAUAGUUUGUCCAGUCGUGUGAGGUUUUCUAACAAAGUGCUUCCUUUCCAAUGAGGUAUGUGUUUUGGGAUUGCUUGUUUGAAUGGAAGAUGUACAGUGAAACCCCACUAUUGGCGUGGGUAUACGAAUCCAACCUUGGAAUGAAUAGAGAAAAUUGCAAGAAAUGGACGCCCACAAAAGGAGGUUGCGUGAAUUGAUACCCACAUGAUGGUAACAAAGAAGGGUUGAGGAGCGAUGAUUUAUCAAUUAAUUGACAACUGCUCAAAUUUCAAAUUACUCAACAACAAUUUUGAUAGUCAAUUCAUGGUUAAAAGAUCUUGUUUAAAUGAUCCAAAUCAUCGGAAUCUCAGCCUCUUAAAUAUUGUCUAGUGCGAAACAAAAACUGAUUAAGCUCCCCACCUCAGAGGGAUUGAGGAAUCAACACUUUAAUUUAUUUUUGGAGAAAUGACAGAGCAUUUUGGAGCCAGAUUGUGUUUGUUUUGGUAUGUUUCAUGGGGGAUUGCUUCGUUAACGUCAGCUUUCACAUGCUCAAAUUACAUUCUCAAAUUUUAACAGGACACAGCGACACAUUCACAUUGGAUCAGAAUGCUUGCUUGGAAAAAAAGUGCUCUCGGAUGAUUGGCGCAUCGUUCUGAUCCACUGGUCCGCUAAAUUUCAACGGAGUCAACUUGAAGAGACAACGGCAACGCCGACAUAUAUGCAACUACCAAUCAGAGGAAAACAUAUUUAGAUAAUAAUGAAAAAAUUGUGAAUUUGAGAAUGUUAAUAGUGAAUAUGCGGGGGUUCACUGUACGUCGUAUGUUGGGUGGUUCAAUUUUCCUGUGUUGUGAUAAUUUGUGGGUUUUAAUGAACUGUUGUAUUUGAAUUCCGACUAUACGCAACCUACUCAAUGUCCGCUAGGUGGAGUUGUUAGGCCACUGAAGAGCAGCCAGCUUGCACCCUGUUAUCAAUAUCCCCACAAAAACUCGGGCUGCAUCCCAUAAUGAAGAUCUUUCAUUUGACACGAACACGACAAGAUUUUAAACAAUUUCAAAUAAAGAUGUCUUCGUCGGCAA